AAAUCAAUUUUUUUAGAACGUAAUUGAAUUGAAUCCAUAAGCUUAUGAAUUGUUGGAUUGAUUGAGUGAAGAAGACACUUUAAGGGCGAUGAUGAAACUAUUCGAUGCACACUGUCAUCUUCAAGAUUCAAGAAUCUUAAGCAAAACACCACAACUGAUAAAAUCAGCACAAGAAAGUGGCGUUUUACAUUUUGCAGUUAAUGGAGUUUGCGAACAAGAUUGGGUUUCUGUUAAGCAACUGUCGAUUACUUAUCCUUCUGUUCUUCCUUCUUUUGGUCUCCAUCCAUGGUAUGUUGCAGAGAGGAGCCCCAAUUGGUUGAAAACAUUGAAGGAAUAUUUUGACUCUACACCCUCUGCUGCAGUUGGAGAGAUUGGUUUGGACAAAGGAUCCCAAGGAAAGAAGAUUGAUUUUUCUCAGCAGGUUGAAGUAUUGAGGCAGCAGCUUGAACUUGCUAAAGAGUUAAACAAGCCAGCAUCUGUACACUGUGUUCGUGCUUAUGGUGAUCUUCUCGAGUUAAUGAAGUCUAUGGGACCUUUUCCUGCUGGUGUUAUCCUUCAUUCUUACUUAGGUUCUGCUGAGAUGGUUCCUGAAUUUUCAAAGCUUGGUGCUUAUUUUUCCUUCUCUGGAUUUCUUAUGUCACUAAAAGCUAGUAAGGCAAAGAAAAUGCUGAAAAUGGUCUCUUCUAAUAGGAUUUUGUUGGAGACAGACGCACCCGAUGCGCUACCAAAGUCGAACAUAGAUUCUCUUUUCUUUGUUGAAGGAGAUAAUUCUCUUUCCGAAGAGCUUCAUGGCCAAAGAACAGCUUCUUCCUUAACUUCUGGUUCUUCUCCCGCUAAUUCGUCCCAAGUCUUAACAGAUGCUUCGAUGCUGCCGAAGGAAACACUCAAUCAUCCAGCUAACAUUCAUAACGUACUUGAUUAUGUUGCAUCUAUGCUAGAGACUACAAAAGAGGAACUAGCUGAAUUAAGUUACCAGAAUGCAGUUCGUUUAUUCUCUUAUGAAGGAUCAAAAUUACUUCAAAAGUAAACAAAUUACAUGUUUUUGUAAGUAAAAAAAACAUUCUUAGCUUAGCAUAGUUUAUUUUGGGGCAAACCAUCGUUUUGAUCCUUGAAAGUGUCAUUCGAUGUCACAUUGGUCCUUGAAUGUAUCGAAAUUGCAAAUACAUCCCUAGUAUCUCAUUUCAUUGUAAUUUUUUGGACUAAAUUGACUAAAAGAAACACAUUUGAGGACAAAAUUGACUACAUAAAAACAGCUCCACGAACCAAAAUGACUAAUAAAAUAAACAAUUGUGGAUCUGUUUGCAAUUUUUUGAUACAUUCAUAGACUCAUAUGACAACGAGUUAAACAUUCGAGGACUAAAAUGGUAGUUUGCCCGUUUAUUUUGGGAAGUCCAUACUAAUGUUCACAAAGAUAUAAUCAGAAAGAUUGUAAGAACAGAAAGGUUGCAUAUCUAAUAGAUUUGUUCACCUUUCAUCCCA